AUGAGACACGUUAUUAGAAAUCACCUAAAUUUCGCCAAGCAUAAGCGGUGCUUUUUCGCCGACGUGGACGACGAUGCAGAAUCCGACGAGUGUGACGACGAAUUCGACGCAAAUAUGGGGAAAAUGAUCGCAGCCGACUCCGCGCUGAAAGCUGUAGCACAAAUUCAUCGGAACGCCUCAACGUCUGCAACAAAUUCACCGUCGACCACACAUCCGUCACAGAAAAUGUAG